UGAGCUCAAACCUGAGGAGGCAGUGGCUGCUGCUUGUCAUUCAAUUAAUAACCUCAAAACCUAGUGGAUUUAUACCGCCAGAGAGAAACCAUUACAGCUGCCUACGUUUACCAACACGGAGAUAUAUUUAUUUAUUUUGUAUUUAUCAUCUGGAUUUUCUGCAUCUUAAUGGAUUUAUCUAAUGUUUGAAAGCACAGGGACUGUUUUGUUAAUGUGCAAUUGUGGAUUUUUGUAAACAUUGGACACUCGAGUCUCUGCUGUACGCCUGAAUAAUUAUUUUACUACGUCUGCAUUUCUCCUAAGUGUUUUGGGUUGAAGAUGUUACUUUCCAAAUUCGGUUCAUUGGCUCAUAUUUGCAACCCAACCACCAUGGAUCAUCUACCGGUUAAGAUCCUGCAACCAGUGAAAGUGGACAAGGAACCGUUUGACAAAGUGUACCAAGUCGGCUCCGUGCUGGGCAGUGGUGGUUUCGGUACCGUGUAUUCAGGCAGCAGGAUUGCUGACGGACUGCCGGUGGCUGUAAAACACGUAUCCAAGGAGAGAGUCACAGACUGGGGAACCCUAAACGGUGUGAUGGUGCCCUUGGAAAUUGUCCUGCUAAAAAAAGUAGGCUCAGGGUUCCGAGGUGUGAUAAAGCUUUUAGACUGGUACGAACGAGCUGAUGGGUUCCUUAUUGUCAUGGAGAGACCAGAGCCUGUAAAGGACUUAUUUGAUUUCAUAACAGAGAAGGGGGCUUUGGAUGAGGGUACUGCACGAGGCUUCUUCCGUCAAGUACUAGAGGCAGUACGGCACUGUUACAGCUGUGGGGUGGUCCAUCGAGACAUCAAGGAUGAAAAUCUGUUGGUGGAUCUGAGGACAGGGGAGCUUAAGCUCAUAGACUUUGGCUCUGGAGCUCUUCUCAAGGACACAGUGUACACAGAUUUUGAUGGCACUAGAGUUUACAGCCCUCCAGAGUGGGUUAGGUACCACAGAUAUCAUGGGAGAUCAGCAACUGUUUGGUCACUGGGAGUUCUACUGUAUGAUAUGGUCUGCGGAGACAUCCCUUUUGAGCAAGAUGAAGAAAUUGUACGAGUUCGUUUAUAUUUUAGAAGGAUAAUUUCUCCAGAGUGCCAACAGCUUAUCAAGUGGUGCCUUUCACUAAGGCCUUCUGACAGACCAACCCUUGAACAAAUUUUUGAUCACCCGUGGAUGUGCAAGGGCGACCUAGAAAAAUCUGAAGACUGUGAUUUAAGACUAAGGACAAUUGACACAGAUUCAUCAAGCACAAGCUCAAGCAAUGAGAGUCUAUAGGACAUCCAGUAUCUCACAAUGGGAAGGGAGCAUUUGCAGAAAACACAGUGCUGCUGCCAAUAACACACACAAGGGGCUGAUACAUACACUAAUUCCCUAGUUAAAUCUUUAUACAGGAUUUUAUAUUAUUUUUGCAGUUAUCUCCCUGGAAUGAGAAUUCAUUUGGACUUACUGAUGUUUUGAGUGUUGAAGGCCAGCACUUUAUACAAAAGACUGACCUUAUUUACAUAAAAAGCAGUGACCUCUUCUAUACAUAGUAUACUGUUUGCUCUCAUAGAGCCUGGACUAGAUUUUUUUUAUUUGCUUUUUGAGUGCCUUUUUUGAAAGCUGCUUAAGUGGGACCCCUUUUCAGUCUCUUAUUUUCAUCCCCAUCCGCCUUUUUUUUUUUUUUUUUUUUUUUUUUUUUUUUUUUUUUUCUGUAAAUAUUUAUUUUGGAGCAUACUAUGCCCAAAGAAGCUCCAUGUCGUCAUAGUGUCUAGCGCUGGAUAACAUGCCUACUGGGAUAGCCCCUGAAGUCUGAGACUAUUCUUCAUGAACAGUUGGAAUAAUCCCACCUGUCUUAAGGUGGAAUGUUUAAACCUAAAUGUACUGACCUAUUAAUCCACCCUUCCCUGCUACUCCAAUACUUAACUGUAAACUGCACAGACAUUUGAAAACUGAUGUGUGGAUUUAUAUUAUAUACAUUUAUUUAUUUUUUUUGGCAGGAAUAGUAAAUUCUCUUAACUGUACCACUGGGCACAAUAAGCCCCUAUUUUAUUUUCUCCCAAACAAUGUCAGCCUGCGAGUCUUAAGUAUGUUUAGGCAUGUUAAAUGCACAAUCAAUGCAAUAUUCAAGGAAUUUUAACUUUUUUUUUUUUUUUUUCCUGUAUUUAAACUUUUUUUUUUUUCUGUGUAAUACAGCUAUUUAUUAUUUAGGUUUCUCACUAUUUAUUUAGUUAAUUUAUUUUUCUAGACAGUACCCAACACUGCUUUACUAUUCUAAGUGGUUUAUUUUAUUUUUCCUUCCCUUCCAUUUCUACUGUCUCAUUUUGAAUGGAAACUAACCAGUAACUUUAAUUUCUGCAUUCCAGUCAUGUCUGAACUGUCUCCCUACCCUUCAUUUUUAAUUUUUUUUUUUUUCCCCCAUGGCACUUGUAAGGUUUUUUUUUUUUUUUAAGGUGGGUAAUUAUUGUACAAAUUCUAAUUUAAGGAACAUAGAAUGACUGUUUAAAAUUGGUCAAUAUGCCUUUGUGCCUGGUAUGUUUGUUAUACCAGAAAUGUAAAGUUUUAUGCUGGUUUGUUUGUUUUUUCUGACAAUUUUAAAUUAUUGGCAUUAUACAGUCUCCAUGCAAGAGUUGAGUCAAAACCUUAAUUUAUUUUAAUAGCUGUGUGUUUUUUUGCGAUCUGGUUGCAUUCAUGCAGCUUUUUUUUAUUUAUUUUUUAUUUCUCUUCUCCCCCCCCCCCCCCUCCCCGUUUUACAGUGUGAAAUGUAUGGAGAUCAUAUUUUUUAUACAAGUAUUUCAAUUAAACUUUUUGUAUAUAAA